GCGCCCCCCGCGUGCACAUAGCAAGGCGAUGCUGCGCCCCAGGCUAACAAUAGUAUCCUUAUAACCACCAUCACACAAGCCCUCAUUGACCCAUCAUAUCUCAUUAACCUUCUCAACUCACCCAUCGACAGCAUCUCACCAUGGGCCGCUGGACAGACAUGGACAGUGAUGCACAACGCCUACCCCCUGGUUACGAGCGUAUCGGCUACGACGCCGACAAGCAAACAUACACGUUCCGCGACGCCGACGGCAACAUCUACGAAUCCGAGCCUGGGAAUCGCUACAGCAAGUUACGUGCGACGGGCGAGCGGUAUUCAAUUGAUUCAGAGGCCGAGGCCGAGGCGAGACUGGUGCAGGACGAGGUUAUGGAAAGCGGGAAUACGGAAGCGGUGAGGAUGAUGAUGCCUUUUGCGCUGAUUGUGCUGGUGUUUAUGAUCUCCGUGUUCAUCCUGGUGAGGUGAGGGCUGUGAGGUGUAGCGAGGGAUAUCAGAGGGCGGAGAUUCGUCAGGGUGAUACAUAUGAGGCCAUUGCGAAAGUGGAGGUGCAGAGGCUGCUGAGGUUACAUGGGAAUGAGAGGCUGAGGACUGGGCAUCUGCGUGCCGAAUUGUGGGCAACUGAUCCGAUGAUAAGCAGUAUGCAUUUGGUUGUCUGGCAUUUGCUACGAGUGCAUAUGUCUACUUCCAUUACCCUUAUCAAAAAAUGCAUGAGUUGCUUGUUGCAAAGCAUCCCAUCGCUCUCCAGUAUAUCCGCUCAGCACGUCUCUUUUGGAAAAGCCAGUAGUUUGGCUUGCCGACUACAGCCCUCUAGAUACCAAAUGAUACACUCCGGCCAUGGCCAUGAUGCA